AGCCGGAUGACGAGCUUUGACAUUUGACAGUCGUGACAUUUGGCUUUUGUUUAUUUCAUGACAUGGUUCACCACGGUGACACAUUGCUUGAACUUAGCCAGAGCGAUGCUGAUUGAUCGCUCUAAUGGAGAAUCUGGCUUGCCACCGUCGAUCGCUGGAAGACACAAUCAGUCAAAAGUGACCUUUGCAACAUCGCAACCCUUUCCGCAACCUUAUCAAGGCGCCCUAUGAAGAUUUGAUGCACAUAUCAUGGCAAAUAGAAGAGGGGGAGGCUCAGAGGCUGUUGCACCGGUGUGCCUGACUGCUGCCUUUUCGAUUCCGGGGCUGCAAGCACCACACAUGCAAGCUUCGUCGGUCGCUGCUCCUGCGUCGCCUCCGCCAAAAGCAUCUUCCUCCAUCGCCAACAGUACCAGCGCACCGGCGCCGGCGAGAUCCUUGCCCAAGAGAAACAAACAAUGGCUAUCAGAUAGCAUUUCUCUGGCCAUCGGAUCCUCGAGCUCUCCAUCGAGAGCAUCUCAACGUGUUCGCAGUUCGUCUUCACCGAGUCUGCGCAAGACAAAGCGGUGCAAAGUCGGCUACGACGACCCGAGUGCCAGCAAGUAUGCUCACCUCACCGACGGCGUGCCAGAUCACUUGGGAGACAGGCUCGAUUUGCUGCUCUGCGGAAUCAACCCAGGCGUUGAAUCGGCACGGACCCAACGCCAUUAUGCACAUCCGUCCAAUCACUUCUACAAAGCACUGUCGAUGUCUGGGCUGACUUCGCGAUUGUACACUCCGUCAGAGGACCAUGUCUUCCCGACGAUGUCGCCCUUCCGCAUCGGCUUGACCAAUCUCGUCGGGCGUCCGACAAGCCAAGCGACCGAGCUGGGCGAUGCCGAGUUGCUCGCUGGCGCGCCGGUCCUGCUGGGGCACGUGGAGCGCUGCAAGCCCCUCGUCACUGGCUUCGUCGGUAAGGGCAUCUCCCAGGCGUUCACUAAGGCUGUCUUGGCGUACCAGCCUCGUCAGAGCAGCAGGGGCGGCGGCAAACAGAGUUCAGGGAAUGAGAUCGUGACGGUGCGCGUGCCCAGGGGAACGCCACUAGCAUGGCGGCUUGCAACCAAUAAGGAGGAGGGAUACGGUCUUUUGCAGCACUGCUUGCUCGUUCCUCGACGCAGAGGAGAGCCCACGGCGGGCAUUACCAGCAGCGAUGUUCUCCAAUUGCACGAUGAACACGGGAAAUGGUGUGCUCAGCAAGACGCCCAUGCCCACGACGUGGCCCUUUUCUGGUCGGGGCCUUCUACUAGCGCUCGCGUGACGAGCCUGCAGCUGGCGGGAAAGGCCAGGUGGUUUGAGCGACUACGCAGGCUUGUCACAUUCCUCAAAACGGAGCAAGCACGCACAUCUCCUUCACCUCUUCCUCCUCAUAAUGGUGGCCUGGGCAACAAUACAGACGGACCAGGCGCGAGUCGUGACGCUGAUGCUAACACUUAUGAUGUCCUCAUGUCUGUGGACCUGAUUCCGAUCCGUCUGGAGCAAGUUCAUCGAGAUCAUGUAAAAUUCCACCAGGGCCUCGCUGACCCGUCUGGGAACGGUUAGUAAUGUUGCUUUCCUUGUACCCACAAACACACAUUGCGGACAGCGCGCGCAGCGUCAGCACAUGUCACUCGGCAGCGAGUGCAGCAGGUGUCAUUCGUGCAAAUUGUGGUCCAGAAUACAGAUGGUG